UGCAGGCUUUUUAAACGACAAGUGAAAACUUAUUAUUCAACAUUGCCUUUAACUAAGUGUCACUCGUCCUCUGUUUUUAGCAUACCUGCUCUUGCUGUUUGCUGCCUAUUUUGUUUGUUAUUCAUUUGUUUGUGAGGUUUAAUUGCACCUGCUUUAAUUUGCCUGUUUUUAUUUAUUCUCUUGUUUCUUCACUUUAAUGUAAAGCACUUUUAGCUAAAUCCCCUGCAUGAAAGGUGCUAUUUAAAGAAUGUUUUAUUCUUCUUCUUAUCAUUAUAAUUAUUAUUAUUAUUAUUAGUGACUAGUUAAUGUUAGACCACUGAGUUAUAAGGUGAGAAAACGGUGUUAGCUAACAUGAUAUUGAUGAAGGGUGUCUUACUAUCCUGUAUCACUUGUAAACAGCUCAAUAAUUCAGUUACUACUCGUAGUCAGUCCCCUGCGAGAUUGACAGGCUACACAGUGAUACAGUGAUACGUAAAAGAUAAGAUUGUCUCUCAGCCUCAUUUUUCUCUCCUGUCGACAUCUGGUUUGUUACAGGUAUUGUGUUUGUGUGCCCCCCGCCCCCCUCAGGUCAGAGCUGAGGGUUGGGGUUGGGUUUGAGCUAAAUGUCAGACAUUCCCGUAGAACAGGGGGGUCUAUCCCAGGCUGCCCCAACUGACAACGCCCAGGACCUGUUUGACAGCCCCGCGCAGACUGUGUCAUCAGUGAACACACCUGAGGAUCAGGUGUCGCCGGUGGUGGAUGGGGUCUCUCCUUCUUCUGCUUCGUCCUUUGAGAUGCUUGACAUGGAGUCUGCCCCCGCUCCCUACCAAGAAGUGCAGCCUCACUGGUUCUUCUGUCGACGGGCUGAUGACAACACCUGCUGGCUUCCUUUCAGCAGAGAGGACUCUGACAAACUAGAGAAUGCCCACAACUCUGUAGGAGACAAGGAGGGGGACGUAGUGGUAGCUGUUGAUGGAGAGCGGUAUGAUGUACAUGUCAAGGAGAGAAAGCGCUACGCUGUGUACUGGGAGCAAGCUCCUACUGAAGUCCGACGCUGCACCUGGUUCUACAAAGGAGAUAAAGACACCAGGUUCAUGCCAUACCUUGAGGACUUCGGCAAAAAUCUGGAGGAUGCCUAUAUGAUAGCAGUGACCUUAGACGAGUGGAAGAGAAAGCUGGAAUUUCCUACAGGAGAGACGGUCAUCUUACACAAUCCAAAGUUGAUAAUGCAGUAUCAGCCAAUCGGUUUGCAGGAUGAUUGGGUCUCCUCGCCCUCUGAGCAAACUCGCCCUCGAACAGUCAAGAGGGGAAUAGACAACAUCCCUGUAGAAAUACCAGAUGGUGAACCUGAAAAGGUGGACCACCUUGUCUUUAUGGUCCAUGGCAUCGGCCCUGCAUGUGACUUGCGCUUUAGAUCCAUCAUACAGUGUGUGAAUGACUUCAGGAGUGCUUCCCUGUCCCUCCUGGCCUCUCAUUAUAAGCAUGCUCAGCAGGAAGGCAAGGUGGGCAGAGUCGAGUUCCUCCCAGUCAAUUGGCACAGUGCUUUGCAUGGGGAUGCUACUGGUGUGGAUGAGGACAUUCAGAGGAUCACUCUGCCGAGCAUCAGCAGGCUGAGACAUUUCACAAAUGACACUCUGCUGGACCUGUUUUUCUAUAAUAGCCCCACCUACUGCCAGACUAUAGUGGACACCGUAGCCUCAGAGAUCAACAGACUGCAUGCUCUCUUUAAACAGAGACACCCAGAGUUCGCUGGGGCAGUUUCAGUCGUCGGACAUAGUCUGGGUUCACUGAUCUUGUUUGACAUGCUAACCAAUCAGAGGACUGGUUUAGAAUCCACCAGAAAGGGGGUGCUGUCUGCUGAACCCUGUCAUCUGAACUGUGACACGCUGGAGCAGACAUUGACCAGACUCGGCCUACAGCAAUACUUGGCUAGACUACAGGCAGAACAUCUUGACCUGGAAUCACUGGCUCUUUGCCAUGACAGUGAUCUCAAAAAUUUAGGAAUUCCUCUCGGACCUCGGAAGAAGAUCCUAAACUACGUCAGGAGGAAAUGGCUUCCAGAGGGUUGUAAGACAAUGCGUCUGGCACCAGUGCUGCAAGUUCCACCUUCAGAUUCUUUAGCCAUUGAUCAUGAUGGUAACCAGUCUCCAGGGUUGGGGACGCAGCAGCCCCACUUCCAUAGAGAGCAGUCUGUCACCAGCGCUGUUGACUAUGAACACUUCGACGUGGGCAUUGGACAGGUGUCUGUUGAUUACCCACAGUUGGCAUUCCAGCCGCAGACUUUUUUUGCUUUUGGCUCUCCUAUUGGAAUGUUUCUGACUGUCCGUGGGCUUAAACACAUCGAUCCCAACUACACCUUUCCAACUUGCAAGAGCUUUUACAACAUCUAUCAUCCGUAUGACCCUGUCGCUUAUCGGAUAGAGCCCAUGAUUGUUACAGACGUGGACCUGGAGCCAAUGCUAAUCCCUCACCAUAAAGGCCGCAAGAGGAUGCACCUGGAAUUAAAGGACAGUUUGACCCGUAUGAGCAUGGAUUUGAAGAAUAAUGUACUGGGAUCAUUACGGACAGCGUGGCAGUCCCUUGCCAGACUACCUGUUGCUGCACUGCCCCCAGUGGAGGAAGGAGAAACUACAAUAGAGAGAAACCUUCAAGAGGCACCAGCCUCAGCGGCAGUCACUGCUUCUGCUAAGAGGGGCGAGAAAAGUGCUGACUUUUGGACUAAAAUACUGGAGUGGCCCAGGGCCCUUCAUAAGCAUUACUUCCAAGCAGUGUGUGAGGAGGCAGAGUCCUCAGUGUCCGAGGAGCAGUCAGAGCAGCCGGAGAUUAAAGUGGGGAUGUUGAAUGGAGGACGAAGGAUUGACUUUGUGCUUCAGGAAAAACCCAUUGAGAGCUUCAACGAAUACCUAUUCGCCAUCCAGUCUCAUCUUUGUUACUGGGAAUCUGAGGAUACAGCUCUGCUGCUGCUGAAGGAGAUCUACGACGAGCUGGGGGUGGCCUUUGAGCAGCCACAACAGUAAACCAAGUUUUGUGAAUGUAGACUCGCUUUUUAACACAACAUUAAAAGUGAGAAAGUGAGAAAAUGAAGGACAGCUGACAGAGCCAGAGGCUGAACAAUCCUCCUCCGGAAUGCCUUACCGUCUGAGUGUUACCUGACCACACCGCUCUCUCCUCCCCCAACAGCCUGUUUGGCUGCAGUCAGGUGAUCUUGGUUCAGAUAUGUCAGUCAACAUUCAUCUUAGGUAUCAGAGGCUUCCUGGUGUUGCCAAAACUCCCACUACAGGACUGGGUCCACCUUAACUGUCAUGCUUCUUGCUGCACUUUUCUGUCUUUUGAAUAAUUCUUUAUUUUAUUUUACUUUGCACUUUCACUCACCAACAGUUAUUGACAUAUCAUGUGGACAGCUGCAGCUGAAUAAUUAGGGGGGGGAGAAUCAUGAUAACCAGAAGACCUAUAUCUUAAUAUUUGUUCAAGUUUGGAGAAAAAAACAAACAUCAGGUUCAGGUUGUCAAGUUUAAUGUUGGGAAAUCAAACUGUAAUUGAUUAUGUAUUUUAUGUAUUUCAAAAACAGGAAGUUGUGUAAUUCUAGUAAUUGCAAAAGCAGUUUACAAUUUAAAGAAAUCUUUAAAAAUCCCUGCAUAUAAUUGAAAUUCUAGAUGAUGCUAUAUUGCUUAUUGCACAGCCUUAUGUACAGCCUCCUAAAAAUGAUAAAUGUAGAACUAUUGUUCUUAUGUUUGUUCAACAGAGCACUCUUGAUCAAGAUGUUCCCUUAGCCUAAUAUUAGACCUUACCUUUAUAAACUUAACCAGGUUAAGUGGUUUCUUUUGGUGGACUCUUAGAUGUUUUAUCUCUAAUGAGGAAAAUGAAGGUUGAUAUUUUGUCUGUUACAAUUUUUCCUGGCAGCUACAUUCUUCAUUAAGGCAAUUGAAACCUGAAGCUGCUACCCCUACACAUGUGCAAUGUAGCAAUAAUGUUGAGGUCACACCUUUUUCAUUUCAUUUGAAUCAUGUAUUUCAGUUUAAUCAUAUUUACACAUUAAUCUGAGAGAGCUAAACCUGAAGACGAAUUGUCAGUAUCAAAGGACAGAAAUUUGGGUCCUUGAAAGGACGCUGGGCGUGCGUGUGUGCGUGUGUGCGCGUGUGCGUGUGUGUGUGUGUGUGUGAACUUAAAGAACAAAGGCCAGUUAUAUCCUCUCCCCCGGGUCCACGAGCUAUUCCUCUUUUAACAUUCUCUUCUGUCUCCUCUUUUACUGUACAGCAGUAUGUACUUUAUUCAAUUUAAUUUGAAGACGGAUAGAAAGCCCUGCUUCACUCCAAAAAUCUAAGGGCCAAAUCAUUUUUCUCUCCUAUCUUUUCUGUCUCCACACGUCUCUGUUGUGGUAAAGCAGAAUUGUUCAACUCUGUUACUGGUCCAGUUUUUAGAUCCCAAUAUUUUCAUAAUUUCAUAAAUGGACCCAGCAAUAAGAGAGUUGUCAAAUUGUUAUAUUAAUUUAACUUGGAGAGCAUGAUAAAUAGAUUAUAUAGAAAUUAUGUGUUUCAAAGCUAAUCAGUUCUAUUUUAUAUAAAGAAUCUAACAAAUAUGAAUAUAUUGGUAUUAUGAAUAUCCCCAAUCUGCACCUUCAUAUCACAACAUGGAGUCUUCACUAAAAAGUUGAGAAACUCUGUGUUAAACUGAAUUAACCUUUGAAAUAACUCAUAUGUUGUGCGCUGACAGGGCACGGUUGCCCCCUCUGAAGUUUUGAAUGACUUGCAUCUCAGCCCUCUGGGUGUAACGUACGCACAAUUAAUGAAAAAUGUAGAAAUGCACUGAACGCUAAACGAUCAUGUUGGAGUUUACUAGAACAUUGCCAUCUCCACUGUUUAUGUCAUUUUUAGUGUCUACACAAAUCUAAAAAAAGAUUUUGUGGUUUCUUCUGUACUCUUUACCAUAAUGCACUUGAUGCUAAUAUGUUGAUGCACACCAAAAAAAACCCACAAUUGUUCUCCUUUGUAAUUACAUACCUUAUUGAUAUGGUUACAUGUCGUGUGUGCCAUAAUAAAACAUUACAAAUG